CAAUGUGAUAUAAAUGUUGCACCUAAUGCCGGGGCUCCAUCACGCAUUUCAUGAAAUCUGGCGGCUGUUCUAUUUGCAUCGCAACGGUAUCAAAAUGGCGUUCACACCCGGCAAGCAAACAAUAAGUGUAACUAUCAACGGUAAACCGCACCAUUUUAAGUUGGUAAAAGUUUUGGAUUCGGAAAAAAAAGUCAAGCUCAUCGAAGAAAUUGUUGACGGUCAACUGCUGGACGGUGAACCGGUGCGGGAUAGGAUGAAACUGGUGAUGAAAGACGUGGAGAUAAAGCUGUCCACGGAUGCGGCUGCCCGGGCAACAACCCUCCGGACACUGCGAGAAUCGUGGAAGCGAAUGUGCCGCGUUCAACACUGUAAUGUUCUGCAGUGCAUCUCUGCCACUUUGAGCGAACCCGGUUCCCAAGAGAUCGUGAUGAGCGGCACCCAAAUCAUGGAGUACAGCGAUAUGGGCGAUUUAAAGCAGCACAUGCAGCACCAAAGGAAGACGACACCCAUCACCAUGGACCAAGUGAAAAACUACAGCUACCAAAUACUACAAGGCAUUGAAUACCUACACUCAGCGUUCAACCUGGUCCACGGUGAUCUCAAGCCGCAGAACAUUAUCGUCUUUCCUGAUCCCAGUCGGCCGUACGGUACGGUUUUAAAGAUCAUCGACCUGGAUGACCAUGCUGCGCUGGACUAUUCGCGUACAAAAACGCUGCAGACUGGAGCGAAGGUCGUCAGUGGUACGCUAUGCUACAUGUCGCCGGAGCUGCUGCAGAUCGGCAGCGGAGGGAAGAAUAAAGUGGGUCGACUGACGGAUAUCUGGAGUUUUGGUUGCAUUAUCCUGGUACUGCUUAGCGGUGAACAACAGCUCAAAUUUGCGUACUGUGCCGACCGCAUUUUCACGGAUCCUCUCGACCCGGCAUUGCAAUGUACGGCAUUUCAGACUGUCGUCGAUCCGGAGGACUUUCGACGUAGAGGCGGAAUGACCAUGCCGUUGCUGCCAGGGAGUCUUACGGAUAAGAACUGUCGUGAUUUUUUAAAGCAGUGCCUGGCAAGCGAUCCGCAGAAGCGUAGUAGGACCGCCAUAUUGCAUACGCAUUCGUGGCUGAUUCAUGAACAUGAACGUUCCCUUACUGCAAGAGGACUGACGCAUACCAGCAAGUUCUUCCUUCAUCGCGAGCCAAGCUGGCCGGGAACCGUUGUUGACUGUCCACCAAAAGAAAAGCACUGGGUUCGUGGACUACACAAUGGUGGUACUAUUCUGACGCACUCUUUACGUGCACUAUGUCAGUACCCGGUUUACGAGGACGCCAGGCAAACCCUGCUCGCCGAACUGCGAAGUCAACCCUUUAGUGAGAAGCAAAAAGAAAUGUGUGUCAACCAUUUGGCGGCUGUCAUUACUACCCUGAAACCCAUCGAGCAAGAGACAGCAACACAAAUAAAAGAAUUUUUUGCAAAAAACAAGGAAGGUUGUGCGACGAUACGGCCACUGUUUCCCGUGUAUUUGUCGCUUCCCGUGUUGUGCGAUUUCCUCAAUAAUUUCUCCGCGGGACAGUAUGGUGCAUUGAUCGACCCGAGCUCGGUUACCCAGUACGCGUACAGCGUUAAGUCAAACCUGGAGUGGAAGGACAUAGAGAGUGCUCUGGAUAAGAAGCAUCCCGUUAUUUGCCAGAUCGCUCAGAACGAGAUCGAUCAAGACAGUACCCUGGUGACCGGUGCCAGAAUGUUGUCACUGGGUCAUCUCUGUCCGCACAAGCUCAUUGAGCUGGACUUUGUCAUUCUGACAGGAUACUCGAAGACAAUGAGUGGAGAUACGUAUGCCUCGUACACCAAAGCGGAAGGCGAUACCAUGGAGAUGAAUGUAAAGGAUUUUGAGGCGAUCUGGAACUGGCGUGCGAGUGAUUCGUUGCUGCAACAGUAUCUGACGCUGGAGGAUGUCCGACCUGCGUCCGCUCUCUUUCGAUCAGUAAUCUAAAGGUUAAAGGCUAAAGACCACAUUAUGCUCGUCUUCUGCGCUCAGUUUUUUGGAUAACAUUUCGUUUAUUUUAUUAAUUUAUCUAUAGUCAGCGGAUGUAUUUGUACAUGCGAUUAUCACUAGGAUAGCUUGUUUACAACUUUACAUACAACAUACAAGUACAAAUUGUACAUGGUAUUAUUUUCGAGGUAUGUGCCUUCAUACGUCAUGGUAUUACAUGGCAUUUCAUAAUAACGGUGUCAUUGCGUUUUUGGAUACUGUGGUAGA